AUGGUCCCUCAACCUCACCUUGUUGUGACGCAUCGGGAAUGGGUGAAACCCACGGUAGAAACUCCCGACCAUUUACGGCGCACCCCGCUUUCGGAUUGGGACAUUGUCAUGUUCAAAUCGUACACUCCACUUUUAAUAUUUUAUGCAAAUAAUGAUCACACCCCGAACUUUAUGAAUACACGUACGCUCACGGAAUCACUUUCACAAGUAUUGGAAGAUUUUUAUCCUCUGGCGGGACGAUUGGUUGAUAUCGGCAAUGGACGCGACGAAAUUGAUUGCUGUGACGCUGGCGUUCUAUUCCAGGAAGCAGAGUACAACGAGUCGCUCGAAACAUUUAGAGAAGCGGGAUAUUUACCGAAUCAAAUGGAUUAUCAUCACAUGUUUCCCAUCCAUUUCUACCGAUCCGCUCGUGACCCUCUGCUAGCUAUUCAAGUAAACAGAUUCAAAGAUGGUGGCGUUGCCUUGGCAGUGAUGAUCUUGCAUAAAGUAGCUGACAACUACUCGGCCUGCUUCUUCCUUGACGCGUGGGCAAAACGUGCGCGCGGCGUCAAGUAUGUUCAAGGCAAUUUUCAGCGUGAUUUGGUCGCUGUGCCACCCAGUACCGUGAUCACCGACGAAGCGAUUGCCCAUUAUCGCGAAGAACACCGUGUGUACAAAGAAGACGCAACGUCCCACAUUGUACGUGUGGAUCCCAAUCAAUCUCGCUUUUCCCGCACGUCACCCAUUGGACCCAAGCCCUUGAAAUCAGUAAUUCUCGAGUUCUACUCUGACGGGCUCCAACUUUGCAAGAAAGACGCACAUACAACGGAAAUGAUCCUCAGUCGCAACUGGCUGUCUACAAAAGACGCUUUGUUUGCUAUGCUUUUGAGAGCCAUUGUCCGAUGUCGCGAAAUUCCGGAAGACCAACCAGUCAAGAUGGUCUUAUCUGUGAAUGGACGUUCAAAGAUGAAAAAUCAAAAGGAAAUGGAUUAUUAUUUCGGCAACUGGAUGAUAUCGCGCUCCGUUGCCACCACAAAGCGUGAAGUGGAACAAACUUGCUUGGCGUAUACAGCUGCAACCUUUCGACAAAAGCUUGCCAGCUUGAAAGCUUCUUUGUUCCACAGUAUCAGUAAACUUUAUACUAUGCACGAAGAUAUGACGGUCCAUUAUCUCUCCUAUCAGUCUAAUUCUAACGCUCGUUUGACAGCCAGUGAUGUAUCAAUGCUGCCAUUUUGGCGACUGGAUUUUGGAUUCGGUAGACCGGACCGAACACGCGGCUACAUCACUUUUGGUGGCAAUGGCUGCCUGAUCGUCUUUGGUCGUAGCGACGGCAACAAAGGCGCCAUGUACGAUGUACAACUACAAAUGGACGCGGAUUCCAUUGGUCGUUUCAUCAAAGAUCCAGAGGUCAGAAAAUACUCAAGGCGUAUCCUAUAUUGAUUGUCAUUUUGCUUUGAUAAACUUUUUUCUCCAUGUCAACAAAGACGCCAUGAAGCCAAUAUAUCAAUAUUUU